AUGUCUCUACCGCGCGGACUCUCAUCGGUGGUGAAGAAGGCGGCGACCGACACCGUGAUUGUGUCUUCGCUGCGCACGCCCGUCGCACGAGCCAAGGGCAAGUUCAAGGAUGCAUUCCCAGAGGAGCUCCUCUCUGUUGUUCUUCGCGCAACACUUGACAAGACCCCCCAGCUUGACGCGGCCAAGAUCGAAGAUGUCGCAGUCGGCGUUGUCUUGUCGGAGCUGGGUGGCUCAAAGGCAGCUAGAAUGGCGAUGAAUCACGUCGGAUACCCCAACACUACGUCGCUUUACACCGUCAACAGGGCAUGCUCAUCGUCGCUACAAGCAAUUAACUUGGUGGCAGCCCAGAUCAAGACUGGCGCCAUCUCUGUGGGUAUUGGAGCUGGUAUGGAGAGCAUGUCACGAAACUACGGUAGCAGAGCCAUUCCUGUUGAUUUAUGGCCUGAAUUGAAGGACUCCCCGGUUAAGGAUGCAAGGGACUGCAUCAUGGCUAUGGGGUUGACAUCGGAAAACGUGGCUUCCAGAUACGGUGUUUCUCGAGAGGACCAGGACGCUCUAGCCCUCCAGAGUCACAUCAAGGCUGCCAGAGCGAGGGAAGCUGGCGCAUUCGAUGCCGAGAUCGUCCCUGUGACAACUCGGUUCCAGGAGGUGGACAAAAAGACGGGAGAGAAGAUUGGCGAGCAGCAGACAAUCACCGUCACCCAAGACGACGGAAUUCGGGCCAACAUCAGCCCAGAGGCUCUCGCAAAGCUCAAGCCGGCCUUCAAGGCAGACGGAACCAGCACAGCAGGCAACUCAUCGCAAGUCUCGGACGGAGCUGCCGCCACACUGCUGAUGAAGAGGAGCACAGCCACAGAGUUGGGACUGCCCAUCCUCGGCAAGUUUGUGUCGGCCACGACGGUGGGCUGUGCCCCAGACGAGAUGGGCAUCGGGCCUGCGCUGGCCAUUCCCAAGCUCUUGGAGCAGCAUGGACUGGAGGCCAAGGACGUGGAUCGAUGGGAGAUCAACGAGGCGUUUGCCAGCCAGGCGGUGUACUGCGUGCGUGCUUUGGGGCUGGAGAAGGCACUGGAGGAUGGCAAGGUCAAUCCGGAUGGAGGAGCGAUUGCUCUGGGCCACCCGCUUGGUGCGACGGGAGCAAGAAUGACGAGUACUCUGAUUCACGGCCUUGGGCGAACAGGUGGUGAGGUGGGUGUGGUGAGUAUGUGUGUCGGGACAGGGAUGGGCAUGGCUGGGCUGUUUGUGCGAGAGUGA